AUGCUCGACAAUGAAUUGGAAAUUACAGUCGGAGAGUCUUCAUCGGGACUUGUAUCCACACUCCCAACAACAAGAAAAGAGAAUCCAUUUGAUUCAUUACCACCAGUUUCAAAGGAAGUGUUAUUGAAAGAUGUUGAUCCCGAACGAUUGCAAAGUAUCAUGGAAAAAACAAGAGGUCUUUUCCCAUUGCUUGAUGACAUCAAAGAUAUGAGAACGGCUCUUAAAAUUGUCAAAAAUGACUUGGAAGCUCUUCGUCAACCAUUUCCUUAUGUUGAAAAACAUGAAAUGAAUAUGGCCUUCUUUAACUAUAAUUUCAUGACAUGGUUUACGUUUGGAGAUUUAUCGAAGAGAAAACAAGAGGAUGAAGUGAGCGAAAUUAGAAGAGCUGCCUAUUUAUUCGCAAGAGAGUGCAGAGGAAUUUGUUAUGAUUUGAAAACUGGGAAAAUUGCAUCUCGAGGUCUUCAAAAGUUCUUCAACGUUGGUGAAAAACCAGAGACUGAAAUUGAAAAUAUUGAUUUUUCAAAAGAUCACAUUAUUGUAGACAAGAUGGAUGGAACUAUGGUUUGUUCAAUUUUGGCCAGCAAUGACAAACUGAAUGAUGACAAUAAGAAGGUUGUCAGAUUUAGAACCAAGAUGGGAUGGAUCACAGAUCCAAGCAAAUAUACCGAAGAGUUUGUGUACGGUACAAAUGAUGAAUCUGUUUUUCCAAUUUUUGACAUUACCAAUGACGAAUAUCGACUGACUGAAAGCCAAGCACAAGCAAUGGAAAAAGGACAUAAGGGAUAUGUUGAAUUCUCAGCGUAUUGGAUUAAGAAGGGAUACAGCCCAAUAUUUGAGUUUGUCUCACCAAAAAAUCAAAUUGUGUUGCUGUAUGAAAAGCCAUCUCUGGUGUUGUUGGCCUUGAGACAUAACUAUGAUGGACACUAUUUAAGUUAUGAAGAAACAAAAAAAUCAUGUGACGAAUUUGGUGUUAGUUUUACUGAACCAUUGUUGCAAAUGACCAAUGAAACAAGCCUAGAAAAAGUUCAAAACUUUAUUAAGGAACAAAUUGGUGUAGAGGGAUACGUGGUUCGAUUUGUUGACGGAACCAUGUACAAAAUUAAGAGCAUGUGGUAUUUGGAGCUUCAUUCAUGCAAAACCUCAAACAAGAAAAUUACUGAUACUGACAUUUGGAAUGCAGUUUUGGACAAUACCAUUGACGAUAUUCAAAGCAAUCUUCAAGCAAAAGAGACCAAGCAAGAAUUGGAAGAGUUUGUUAGCAACUUUUGGAAUGCCAUCACAAUUUUGACGCAAAAGGUGAAGGAAGUAGGUUCAGAACUCAAGCAAAAGUAUCCAGUGAGAAAGGAAUAUUUCUCUGAGGGAUGUGUGCCUUUACAAGCAACAAACAAAAUGUUUUCUGAGCUCGUUUCCAUGUAUUAUAAUGUCAAGGAAGAAAAACUUCAAGAUGAAAUUAUUGCAAGUAUUACUAAACGUCUUAAACCAACAGUGGGUAAUAAGAAGAAAAUGAAGAAUGAUGUGUUGGUAGCAAUCAAAGAGUCCAUUGAGCAAGUUACAAAUAUUGACCUUACUAUUUUCCGCUCGAAAUAUUUGGAGGAAAAGAAGAGAUAUGAUGAGAACCUGCGGUUGAGAAGAGAGCAAAAGCAGGCCUCACAACCUCAAAUCUAUGAUGAUAAUGAAUAA